GAUUAAUAUUAUUGCAACAAUGAUGUAUUAACGUCAAAUUUUUAAAGAAUUAGCGCUAAUUCUACCACCUUCCUUAAUUCUGCCUUGGUGAUUUCGUAUUGGUGCUCUACUCGAGAAAGGAUAUGUUCGUGUAUAAGUACUAAAGUAAAAUUUCGUUUUGUAUCGAUUGAAUAUCAAUUGAAUGAGUAAAGAAACAAUCCAAAUAUAUGAGUCUGAAGGUGGGAUCACAUGAUUGUCGCAAUGCGCCAAUUUAAACCAAUUUUUAUUGUCCAAAGUUUUACCACAAUAAAUAAAUUGUCAGAAUCAAAUUCUCUGCGGUCACAUGAUUGUCCAACUUUUCAUAAAUUUGAUUGCCGCGUAUUGUCUCAAAACCAUCAAGUGACAAUUAUUGUCCAACUUCAGUCACAUGAUUGUUCUACUACACGGCAAAUAUCAGAAAAAGCUGCUAUGUGUCAAAGUUUGUUUAUUAAAAAUGUAAAAGCAUUUAACAAUUUGUUUCAUUAAGAUGUGUUCUUUUAAAAAAAAAAGAAAAUUGCAGCAGCUAUAAUUAUGGUGUGCGCAUUUGACGAUGAGAAAAAUGAAAGAAAAGAAAAGUAAAUAGAAGUACGUGGGUCAGAGAGUGGCUCACAAAAAGAAGCACUGAUGGUGCAUAUGACAAAACAUUAAUGGAAUUCCGGGAAAUCGAAAACCAAAAGUUUUUGUUUAAAAAUUUUAUCCGGAUGGAUGACGAAACGUUUAUCGAAUUGUUGCAACUAGUGUCACCAUAUAUUAAAAAUAAGACACAAACAUGCGAAAGGCUAUUCCCGAACAAAUACGCUUAGCUGUGACACUUCGAUUUCUUGCAUCUGGUGACAGUUAUAAAAGUCUUUCGGUCUUCUUCCGUGUUGCCCCAAAUACCAUAUCACUUUUCGUACCAAUUGUUUGUGAUGCUAUUUAUAAAGCGUUAAAAGGUGCAUACAUAAAGAUACCAUCCACGCAGGAAGAAUGGAAUGCCGUUGCUUUCAAAUUUAACAAACUAUGGAACUUCCCGAACUGCAUAGGGGCGGUUGACGGCAAACAUGUGCAAAUUAUAGCACCACCUAAUUCAGGAAGCACCUUCUAUAACUAUAAAGGUACACAUAGUAUAGUGCUAAUGGCAGUUGUUGAUGCCGAAUACAACUUUUUAUACGUUGAUGUUGGCUGUAAUGGUCGUGUGUCGGAUGGUGGAGUCUUUGGAAACUGUACUUUUCAACGUGCUUUAAACCAUAAUGAGCUAAAUUUGCCACUUCCAAAACCAUUGCCAGGACGUCAAGCAAAUGUUCCAUUUGUUUUGGUUGCGGAUGAUGCUUUCCGCAUAUCCUGGUAAAAGUUUACAUCAGGCUAUCGAGAGCA